UCCAUCAUAUUCACUUCUUCCUUUGAUAUUGAUCUAAGAUUAACAUCCAUCUAGUACCUAACCUAACUUUUUCAAAAACUGUAAGUCUAACAUAACAACAACAUAUCACUCCAGUGGUGAGCAAAGUUGUAUUAUUACUUUUGAGUUGAAUACACACCUCUUGUUAUUAAACGAUCAUUAACAACAUUGCUUUGGAAUCUUUAAAAUGGCAGCAGACUGUCUAAGUCAGAUCCUUGAGGACAUGAGACUCGAGGACGGCAGGCCGGAUUACCAGUUGCGCAGGUUAGCGUAAGUCGAGCAUUUCCUACCACCUCAUGACACUCCAUAGCUGGGAAUGGCAGCACUUCAGAUUCGUGAUAGGGAUAAUAUCUAAAUCUACGUAGGAUUCAACAUCUACUCAGUAGUCCAACCUUGACAUUCGGAGAAAAGCGCAUAUUCAACGACCAUUUCAAAGGUAUCGACUUUGUCCAUGACAUCAUCGCCGAAUUGCCAGUCGAGCUUCUUGCGCUCUUGGUAGAAUAUGUUGACCCCGAAGACUUUAUGUCUAUGCGUUCUGUUAACAGGGUCUGGAGAGCAAAAUUAUCCAAUGAAAAGGUUUCCAUGUCGAUACUCCGGGUACACUUUCGUAGAACUUGGGAGGACCUUAAGUUACUUGGUGAAAAAGACAAGAAGUUAAGGCUUGAUAGUUUUCCUCGGUUUUGUACGAGACGCCUUAAGAGAUAUCAUCGCAAGUAUCACCAAGUGUCGAUUCUCCCAAGGCCACAUGUUUUUAGUAAUAUUUCACACCAACACCGUCUACGUGGAAAUAAAGGAUUAUUCCAGUAUUGCAAUGGAAGGGUGGCAAUGAUGAUGGACUACGCUGACACCACCGCCAUCCAAGUGGAUAGUCUCUGGACAUUUGCUGAAACUUACUACAUGCAUGAACAACGAUGCAGUCCCGACCAUUGGUUGCUCUCAAAUCAAACCCUUGUAGCCUACUUUGAUCAUCCGUAAGUUACUUAGCCCCCUCAAUAGCCGUGUUCGAACCAUUUUCGAGACUUUAGCAUCUACUUAGGCAGAUAUUGAGAGGAUAUACUGAAGUUUACGUGGACAGAAAGCCACAUCUCAACAUAUGGUCACUCAAUGAAAAAUCUGACCCGGAUGUCAUUCGACUAGAGUGCCGCUACUCAAUAUUGGCCGCUCACAACAGACAGGUCGCGUUCUUGGCCGUCAAGCGCUUUAGUGUAGCGAGCGGCAUUAUCCACAUCUGGAAUGAUGGUCGCAUUCAAAAGCUUGCUGAGCCAAAGUUCGUGGACAUAUGCGCCCCUUGCGAAGCUCGUAUAAGUGGCUUCGUCUUCCAUCCCACUGAAGAAAACCAUCAGUUCGUGUUUUAUCAGCUUUUCUCUUCAAACUUGGGUUCUUUGGACUCGGACAGGACUGGUAAAGUGAUUGUGCAAGAAUACAUCGCAGGAGUUCCACACAAAACAUGGCGUCGGAAUGUUCCUGGAUCGCUCAUUACGCAAGCGCUCAGAGUGGAGUCCAUUGACGAUGACGGCCUCGUUGCAAUUCUACCAAUUCCGCAUGCCGAGGGAGACGGUUCAAUUCUACACAUUGAGCGCAAUGAAAAUACACUUGAUUUUCCCCAACCUCUACCCUGUUGUAAACACGGUAUAUCAUCGGCCACAGCGAGUGGACUUCCAAACUACUCGUUCGUAGCCUUCAAUGUCUUUACCCAAAAAUUUCAAGAAAUCUCGAACCACCUCAAGGCUAUCCCAGUGGAUCCCUGCUGUGAUAAGCCAUUAUUGUGGAGGGGUCAGAGCAUUGUCCUAUGUGGCAAGGGAGGUUUUGAGUCGAUACUGAGUACACCUGAUGACAAACCACUAAAAGCCCUGAUAUCCGCUAGUGUCUGUGAUGAGAAGAGAAAGUCCAAGUGCGUGGGAGAUCAUGGUCUGCGUGAUAAUGUUAAAGCUGCUGCAACCUUCUGUUUCCUCAUCGAAACACCAUUGCAAACGCAGUCAGCAACUAUAUGGGGUGAUGAUAACUUUAUAGUGUGUGGCUUUGACAGAGGAUAUAUCGUAUGGUCGUUUUGAAACAAUAGCAUUACCGAAGAGUUGAAUCUUUGGUAGGUUUACGGAUAGAUGAAAAAGAAGUAUGAUUACAAAAAUAUAUUAUAAUUAUUUACUGCGUCUC